CGACACAGCACAACUGCACAAAACGACUUCACCAACGUUACGCGGACCCCGUCCGAGUCAGACCAGCGAGUCAACAAUGACUCGAACAAGCUUCAGCUCCACCACCUCUCCGUCUCAAAAUUUCCCCAACAAAAUCUAGCUCCCAGGAAUUCCGUCUGUCGUUCGUCAACGAUACCAUACGUAUUCUCACUGCGACUGGUGAUGGAUCGGAGAAGAACCGAUAGUCCGGUUUAUGCGCGCCAGUGGAGCGUCGACUCCAGUAGCACUGGCUCCUCGUCGCCGGUCAUGUCGCCGGCUCAUCCUAACUCGCGUCUCGGUCCCUCCGCCACCAUGAAGCAUCGUAACGUUGCCGCGAAAGCGGCCGCACAACGGCUUGCUCAGGUCAUGGCUUCCAGGACGGCCUUUGACGACGACGACGACGACGACGACGACGACGAAGACGACGAUGAUCUCGUGUUCCGUGCUCCGAGGCGUCCUUCUCUCUCUUCUCACUCUAACAACGGUACCAGCAGUAAGAACGGCUUCAAUUCCAUGGCCAUCCCUCCGAUUUCUGCCUCUAGGCCUAAUAGAUCUCCAUCUCCUGCGUUAGGUCGGAAUUUCUUGGACCAUAAUGUUUCAGUACGUUCAACAUCAGCUGGAAGGCCGGCAGUGUCCGUACGUUCAACAUCGAUAGUGCCACCAAGUAAAUCCACAAUUCAAACUCCGAUGGCUGUACCUCCAAUUGAUCCUCCUACCAAUAGAACUAGAGACAAAAGGUUUCCAUUAGAUAUCAGGCAACAUAAGCCAACAGAUAGCGGGAAUCAACGUGAAGCUUCUGCACUCCGUGAUGAACUCGAUAUGCUACAAGAAGAGAAUGAGACCAUAUUAGAGAAGCUAAGAUAUACAGAGCAAAAACGAGAGGAGGUAGAAGCUAGAGCCAGGGAGCUUGAGAAACAGGUUGCUUCUCUUGGAGAAGGUGUAUCCAUGGAAACCAAAUGGGUGGCUAGGAAGGAAGCUGCUCUGCGUCAAAGAGAGGCUGCUCUAAAGGCUGCCCAACAAGCGCAGGGUGGGAGAGAGGAGGAAAUGAAUGCUCUUCGUGUUGAAAUUCAGAACCUGAAAGAUGAUACUGCAGCUGCUGCAGAACAACAGAAAGAAGCUGAAGUGGAAGCAAAAGCACUCCGCACAAUGACACAGAGAAUGAUUUUGACUCAAGAAGAAAUGGAGGAAGUAGUUCUGAAAAGAUGCUGGCUUGCUCGCUACUGGGGUCUUGCUGUAAAACAUGGCAUAUGUGCAGAUGUAGCAAUAUCAAAGCAUGAAUAUUGGUCUUCUCUAGCUCCUCUUCCUUUUGAAAUUGUCAUCUCUGCUGGACAAAAAGCUAAAGAGGAAUCUUGGAACAAAAGUUCUGAUGAUCCAGAUAGAAGUAAACCUGUUCGUGAUUUGAGCGAUCUUGCUGGGGAAGGAAACAUUGAGAGCAUGCUUUCGGUGGAGAUGGGUUUGAGGGAGCUUGCUUCACUUAAGGUUGAAGAUGCUGUUGUUCUUGCAUUAGGCCAACACAAACGUCCAAAUAUUGUUCGACAUUCCAUUUUAGAUUCCAAAUCACCAGGUGAUCCCAAAUUUGUGGAAGCAUUUGAAUUAAGUGAUGAGGAAGCAGAGGAUGUUCUUUUCAAAGAGGCCUGGCUAACGUAUUUCUGGAGAAGAGCUUUAUUCUAUGGUGUGGAAGAUGAUAUAGCAGAAGAGCGUCUUCAAUUUUGGAUUAGCCGUAGCGGGCAGUCACCAACUUCACAUGAUGCCGUUGAUGUUGAGCGAGGUUUGCUGGAGUUGAGGAAGCUGGGUAUAGAACAACAACUAUGGGAAGCUUCUCGGAAGGAAAUCGAUCAGCCACCAAGAUUGGCCGUUGAUAGCCAUCAGCCACCAGGAUUAGCAGUUGAUAGUGAUAAGCUUUCCGUCAAGUCGGAUGCAUCGUCCUGAUUGUGGGAGCACCUUAAUUUUUUAUUGAUUCUUGACACAUGUAUAUUAAUGUUUUCUUCUUUAUAUCCUUUUCUUUUUCUGCUGGGCAUCCUGAUAUCUUCUGUCUCAUAUAAAUGAAUAAUGACAUCGACAGAAGGACUUGGAGCUGAAUUUUGCAGCUAUCAAUCAAAAUUUUCCGUAGUCUCAUAAUAUACAUAAUACAUUAUACAUUGCCAAACG